UGUUCAGCCCUCUGGUGUUGAACAAAGAUCUUUACACCAGCAGCAUCUCGUCGACUCUCAUCCUAUGUGCUGGUCAAUCGUCGCCCCAUCUUCCACAAAAGUAUCUUAUGACUAUUAGGAACUCUACAGUCUGACACUGAUAAUACAUGGAUCCUCAAUCCGACAGCGCAGGCUCCCGGCCUCAGUCAAAUGAGGAUGUUUCGCGAAAAGGAUCCGUCAAGCGAGCGCGAGAGAUGCUUCAGGCUGGAAAGCGCCCUGAGCGAGUAGAACCAGAGCCGACUUUCCGAGUCAACCCAGCCCAUAUGACACAAUGGCCUCUGCCCGACAAUCCCGCGAUACCGUCGAACUUGGCUCACCCUCAAGCAACGUUGAACGUUCCCAAAGGACCUCCGCCGGUGCGACCCCCUCGCCCUGACUGCCCGUCCCCUUCGGUCUAUUCGGAGACAAGCAUGUCGGAUGCUUUAUCGGCACCCAGCCCGCUGAACAUCAAACGCCCGGUCCCCUCCUUCUCGCAACCUUUUCCACUCCAACAAGGCCCGCGUCCUACCAUCAGAAUCCCGAUCCCUCGACCGCCUAGCCCAGACAGUGUUGCCGGUUCAACACCUCGCAUUUCAGUUGCGACGGAUGAUCUUUUUCGACAGUCGGGAAUCUCCACCGUCUCAUCAAUCACUGAACUUUCCUCCGUGCCUCAGCCACUGCCGUUACAGCACCGUCCUGCCCCCGGAGGAGCCCCGCAAAAGUCCGCUAGCCUUGCACCCCCGGUGCCGGUGGCGCGACCGGGUGGAAAUCGCGCCUCAUCCGUUUCGCCCAUCCCAGAGGAACUUCCGGACAGCCCGACCAUCUCGCAAGACCACUAUGGAGCUGCUCAACCGUACCCACCCAGCUGGUACUCGGGACAGGCUGAAUCAGAGAUUUUGGGGACAUAUCUAGACGGCGAAUCAGACGACGAUGACGUACAUAUAGCUCACGCCGGAGUCGCUACGCUCCUCAGACAAGCCAGCGUUGGAACCAGAGGGAAACCUUCCUUGCGCACCAUCCAGAAGUCGAAUGCUAGCUCACCAGUACCGCCCUCGGAGAGGACCCCUGUGUCCGCUAGACCAACUACAGCCGGAACCAUGCUACCUGAGGUGGCACUGAAAGAAGUGGCUGUAGGUUCGGAUCGCAGGGAUUCUGUCUCGUCAACCUCGACAUCAUCCUCACAUUUCAACUUGGAGAAAGCACCUAUUAUCUUGGACGUCAGCACGCCACAUCCCGCCUUAGCUCGCCCAUACAAUGACAAUGAAGCCCUGGAGAAGGAAGUGGGCGCACUUCCCAAGGCUGCACCAACGAUGAGUGACAAACGACCGGGUGGCCGCAGACCUCCGCGCCUCAACAUGCUUGCUGUCCGUGACGCAGAGGCUCGAGGGAGCCUAACCAGCUUGCCUGAUCUCAUCCUACGCGCCACAAAACUUGCGUCGAACCUGGAGCAUGGGCGGACUGCAAGCAGGAACGACCUGCUGAAUGGUGGUGGAGGUUCAAGGUUUCCAUUUCGCGAUGACGCCAAACGCAAGUCCGGAUCAAUCAAGAGCAUCUUGGCGUCAUUCCCCCCCCCUGCUGCAACCCCAGAGGGUGGCCACUCUUCCUGGCCGUUCUUCCUCAGGAGGUCCACCCUACAUCAGAUACAAUCCAACGAGCCCCCUCAGGCAGACCAGGAGAAAGCCGCGCCAAAGCAACCCCGCCGAUGCUGCGGAUUACCACCCUGGCUCUUUGGCCUCCUUUGCCUUUUGAUUGUCAUUAUCAUCCUUGCCGCUAUUCUCAUCCCCGUUUGCCUGCUUGUGCUUCGGCACAAGUCGAGUGGCACAAGCUGCGCAAAGAGCAACCCGUGCGAAAAUGGCGGCGUCAGUGUUUCCAGCGGUAGUCUUUGUUCCUGCGUUUGCGCCAACGGCUAUACUGGGUCGCGCUGUACGAUUUCUGGCGAUGCCAGCUGUGUCACCACCGAGGUCGACAAUAAGAACGCCACCAUGGGUAGCAACCUCCCCCGUUUGUUCGAGUACUCCCAGCAAAACUACAGUAUUUCUCUGGACGCAGUUACCAUCAUGGCACUUUUCAGCCAGAACAAUGUCUCCUGCACGACGGAGAACAUGCUUGUUUCGUUCGCUAGCGUAGCAACAAGCAGCAGCAAAGCCCGCCGUGCUCUGUCUGCCUCGCCUCUGACUGAGCGCUCGAUUUCGGACUAUCUGCUAGCCAACCUUGAGCAGCCUCCCAGCCCCGCCUUAUCAGAAUUGACUCCUACGCAAGCCCUUGCAGCCCGUGACUCGGUCGCUACCGCACACGGCAUCGUCUACGACGGCGACCCACCAUCGACAGUCUCCACGACUGCAACGGCCACCAACACCGGGCACGCAUCCCAAGCCACCGCAACUUCCACCUCUAACUCCACUGCAACGACGGUUAGUUCUACAUCCUCCAACUCCACCACCGUCACAACGGAAGUCCUUGACUUUGCCCGCGUCGCUGUUCUCUACAUCCUCGAGGAAACCGGCACCCUCGCCGCCGCCGAGUUCUCAGAAAGUAAUAUCCAGUCCUACCUGACCGAGGAUUACACCGACGCCCAGACCCACAGCUUCACCGUCGAUCUCACACCCUCCGGUAUCCUCGGCAACUAUACUCUGAACUUUGACGACUUCCAGAUCAAAUUGCCCAGUGGCAGUGUCGUCGGGGGAAGCUAGGAUACCCGGGACUCGCGGG